CAUGGAUACUAGUCGGAUUCCUUUCUGCUGCACCACAACAGGAAUUCCUUGGAGUGCUUUUUAACUUGGGGACUCUGGCACAAUUCCGAUUUACAUUUUAAAGGGGUCUGUUGGCUGGCUGGGGAGGACGGUUUGGGGUGUGGCCGAGGGAUGAGGAGAGAGAGGAAGGAAGCGCAGGGGGACAGUGGUGUCCCUUCCUGCCGGGAAGCAGACCAGGGCGAGGGGGACACAGGACAGCCUGGUAAGGAGGUGAGUUCUGCUCUGGGCACAUUACUGAAGAAAGUUUCUAGGAGGGCUCUCAGAGACACAGACCCCAUUUAGUGACAUCUGAAGGAUGAGAGGAGGUGGGUGGGCACAGAGCUCUCGCCAAGGACCAGGAGAGGGAGGCGGAAGGGCCAUGAAGAGGAUUCCAGAGGGAGGAGGGAAGCUGACUCAGCUUCCGGUGUAACCCGGAACCAGCCCUGGGGUGGGGAGAAGGAAUCAGGAGGUCCUCAUGUUUCCUUCCUGAUCUGCAGUCACCCCAGGUGACUCUUGGAUGAAACUCCUUGGAGGCCUCCUACACCUGGAGAAGGCACAGGCUGGAAGGCGGCAAUUCCAGGAAAAGAACUGAGCCCCAGGAAGAGGCCUCGCCCUGGGUGGGCGGGGGUACCUGUGCUAGCUGAGACUGUCCUAGCUGCAGCCCAGUGUUGAAAAGGUUCACCGUCCCCAUCCACCCCUCCCUAUGCCCCCGAUCGCCCACCCCCACGCGGCCUCCUGCCUCCCAGCCCCUGUAAUUACACUGCUUCCCCACGCAAGGCUGCUCCCAUUCCUUGGCCGCCGCUGGCCUUGAGGGAUGCAAAGGGAAGGCCCUGUUAUUAAAACUGCUGCAGAAGGGGAUGUGCAAAGUUGGGAUGACCAAGGUCUAGGUCACCGAUAAAGCCUGGAUGGCUGGGUCCUGAGCUGGGGGACUAAAAUGAGGGACGCCACCAUCAUGGGUGACACACUAGCCAUGGCCUUCCAAACGGGUUUGACCAGUUAGAUUCCCAUGUGAUUCCUUGUGUCACUGGGUCAGCCCCUUCCCAGAGACUGGCCUCUUCCCCUCCUGCCUUCCCUAUAAAGCCUCUUGGGGUUCCUGGGCACCCAGACUCAGCCUACCCCCUGACUUUGGGGGCCAAGAGACAGCCAAGAUGCUCAACUGGAAGCUACUGGGGAUCCUGGUCCUUUGCCUGUUCGCCGGAGGCAUCUCAGGCAGCGGAGACCACCCAUCUCCCCCAUCCACGGAGGCCUCAGAGGAGGAGGGCUCCCCAACAUUGCCUCGGGGCCCCCCAAUCCCCGGUGACCCUUGGCCAGGGGUACCUCCUAUCUUUGAGGACCCUCCACCUCCAGGGCCCAAUCGUCCCUGGAGAGACCUGCCUGAUUCUGGAGUCUGGCCUCCUGAACCCCCUAGUACCGAUCCCCCUCAACCUCCCCGGCCUGACGACCCCUGGCCAGCAGGACCCCAGCCUCCAGAAAACCCCUGGCCACCUGCCCCUGAGGUGGACCACGGAUCCCGAGAGGAGCCAGACCUUGACCCACCCCGGGAGGAGUACAGAUAAUGGGAUCCCCAGAGGCAUCCUGCGCCUCCAGGCAGAGGGCCCUCCAGCUCAGCUCUAUUCCCACUUGCCUUGAAUUCUCUUCAACUGAGCCUAACUUCUUAAUCCUUUCCUUAUUCCUGAACCCAGAAGGUGUUCUCGGUAUUUUUUGUUCCCUCCUGGGAUCUAUGUUAGCCCCCACCUUACCCUUCUUUUUGUCUCUGUCAGCCCAAACCUAUAACCUCUAACUCUACCCCUCAGUGGAGUCCUCACCCUUUCCACUACCUCUUCCUCCACCGGACUCUGGGCAGGGCCGGCAGCACUGUGUUCUCUGCUGCCACCUGGUGGCCAUCAUCUGGGAACUAUCAGGAGAUGAUAGUGCUUCCAUGAAACGGAAAAAUAAAAAACCGUUUUCUUAGUUUUGAA